CCAGUAGAUUAUCGCCAUUGUUGCUGAACAAAAAAUGGCUACCGUCGCCACGUCAUCGUCAUCUUCCUCUUCUGCCAAUAUCGCUUUUGCUAAAUACCCUCCACCAUUUUCUCCGACAAGGAAUUUUCCGCAGACACUUCGGAUUCCAAUCCGCCAUCGCCGGCGACCCACCUCCGCCGCCGGCCGUGUCUAUGCUUCGGCGUCGGCGGUGACUCCGGCGCCAACUCCGGCGGCAACUAAGCCGGAAGAUUUGGUGGAGAAGAUUCUGUCAAAGGUAGUGCAAACAGAUAGAGGAGUUUUGCUAACAAAAGAAGAGCAUCAGAAAGUUGCUGACGUGGCAGAUGAACUGCAGAGUUUCUGCGUAGAUGAACCUGUCAAAUGCCCCCUUAUAUUCGGAGAGUGGGAUGUGUUGUAUUGUUCGAACCCGACAUCGCCCGGUGGCGGUUACCGGAGCGCAGUUGGUCGGAUCUUUUUCAAAACAAAGGAAAUGAUGCAGGCGGUUGAAGCACCCGAUAUUGUUAGGAAUCGAGUUUCUUUCUCUCUCUUCGGAUUCGUUGAUGGAGAGGUUUCUUUGAAGGGAAAACUUACUGCACUAGAUGAGAAGUGGAUACAAGUAGUGUUCGAAGCGCCUGAACUUAAGGUCGGAGGAUUCGAGUUCAGUUACGGAGGAGAGAGUGAAGUGAAGCUACAAAUUACGUACAUAGACGAAAAGAUUCGACUCGGGAAAGGUUCUAGAGGCUCUCUCUUUGUCUUUCAAAGAACAUGAUACAAUACACCACCGUUUUUUUCUCUCGGGAUUUUGAAUGUUUAUCAUAUGUAAUGACAAUGUACGAUUAUACCUGAACAACGUUUUUUUUUCGAAUGAAGUGAUAUUAGCCGGGUCCGA